GGGAAAUCACACGUGCUGGUGUAAUUCAAGAAUCUUCCCAAGGAUUAGUCCCAGAAAUCGGAAAAUGGCCAGCGAUUCUGGCAGCGACUAUGAGGUUGAGUCCUUUAUCAAUCCCAAGCGGGUGCGACGGACUGUGAAUGACGACAGCGCCGACCUGCUGGGCAACUUCGACGACCAGAAACGGAAGGAGAUCUUCGAGGGCACGUACGUGGACAAGGAGGACGGCAGGAAUCCCAGUGACCCGGAGGACAGCAACAGCGAGAACGAAGCUCGGUCAGAUGGAGAGGCUCCCGGGGAAGGAAGUGGUGCCUCCGGAUCCGAGGAGGAGGACGAGGAAGUGGCUGAAAAUGGCGAAAUAACCAGUAACCAGUUGAGUUCCCUGCUGCGCGGAGCUUCUAAGACUAACAGACACGUUGUGUAUGUGACGAACCUGAACUUCGAGACCACAAAAGACGACCUGGAGCUGCACUUCUCCGCAGCGGGCACAGUAAAGUCCAUCCGCAUCCCCAAGAAGAGGCGCGGCGGCUUCGCCUUCGUAGAGAUGACCGACCUGCAAAGUUUCCAGAAGGCCUUCCAGCUGCACAACACGGAGCUGCAGGGUCGCCACAUUAAGGUGCAAAUAUCGGAGGCGGGCAAGAAGAAGUCGGCCAACAAGAAGAACAUUAUCAAGCAGAAAAACAGGAAGCUCGCCGAGAUGCGAAACGAGCAUAAGACCUUCACUAAGAGCGGUAAGUUCUACGACAAGGACUUAAAAAAGGAGAAAGCCAAGGAGAUGCUCGCGCGAAAGAGGUGGCGUAAGAAGCCCGCGCCCAGGCCCACAUAAAUAGUUUAAGAUCUUACAGUGUAAGCCAACCUAUGAUUAUUUAACACAAAUUAAAAGUACAAUUACUGGAUAA